AGCAGCUGAUUCAGGCGACGUCACUCGGUUUCCCAGCAGGAGCUCGUCGCUGAUCAGGAGAGGGGAGACGGUGUGUGGGAGGGUUCCCUGUUUCUUUAAAAAUGGCGUUUGUUAAGAGCGGGUGGCUCCACAGACAGAGCACCAUCUUACGUCGCUGGAAGAAAAACUGGUUUGACCUCUGGUCAGAUGGCCGUCUUACUUUCUACGAUGACCAGCAGCGGCGUGACAUGGAGGACGAGAUCCAUAUGAAGGUGGACUGCAUCAAUAUCCGUAAUGCCAGUGCCUGUAGAGAGCUGACUCCUCCUGAAGGAAAAGGCAAAGAUGCCCUUCUUCAAAUCGUGUGUCGUGAUGGACGUGUUAUUAGCCUCUGCGCAGACAGUGCAGACGACUCUCUAGCCUGGACCAUGGCUCUCCAAGAUGCCAGAAUCAACACUGUGGUGGCGCCUCCUCAGUUUGGGUUUGCUCAGGAGGUUGUUGCUUCUGCUCCUCCGUCCUAUGCAGAAUUAAACCCCACUCCUCAGGUGUACUAUCCAGACCAAUAUGGAGGCUAUGUGCCUCAGCCUCCUCCCCCCUAUACCAGCCAUGUGGUGUACUCUGCAGGUGGGCAGCUGUAUACAUAUGCCUCCCCGUAUCAAUACCCAGCAGCCUCCCCCAUGCGCGAAGUCAACCACGUCGUCAUCGAGGACCGCCGCCGCGAUGACGCAGGAGACAUGGCCCUCGGGAUGCUAGCCGGUGCUGCGACGGGAUUGGCUAUCGGUUCCCUUUUCUCUGUGUUUUAAGGUGCCUGUAGAACUAAGACCCGACCUUUCCUCCUCUCCUUUUCGAGACCCCUCACAGUUCAGACGAGUGUUCUGCUACUGUCCUAACGUUGUUCUGCUACUGCAGCCCCUCUGCAUCUUUAGAACUAAGUCUAAUCCGUUAGCUGUGUCGCGGAUGCGUCUGUGAUCUGUUUGGCAGUUAAUCCCUCUGUGCGUCUUAAAGCCUCACGGUAGCAUUUACAGUCGGAGUGCAGUAGAUGAAGAUGACUAUGACUAUGAUUAUGAUUAUGAUUGUAUUGCACUUAACGUUUUGCCGCAUAUGAGGAGGUAUGAAACCAAAACUGUGUUCAAAUGCCUCAGGGUGGCUGUUCGAAAAAUUGGGUCACCUGCUUUAGAUUGCCUUUGAAGGUUACGAAAGGACUAAAUGAAGAAUGACUGGGGACUUAUUUUAGUGUCUAUAGGAUUUAAAGAGAAAUGACUGGCCUGUAUCAUCCAGUUCCAUGCUGUCUUGAUAUUGAUGGCUCUAGGAAUAGGUAAAGAAUGGGAUUGAUGCAAAAAAAAAAAGAAAAAGAAAAAAAGAUUUUUUUUUUUUUUAUUGUGAUGCAAAAAACCCCCCCAAACUUUUAAAUUAGCCUUAACAUUGCCCAAACCAACCCACAGAAUAUUAUAGCACAGUAUUUGAAUAUUUAUAUAUAAAUAUAUUUUUUGCCAUAUAGGCCUUGCAUUUGCAGGGCUUUUAACCUUACACUAUUAAAAACAAAGGUGCACUUUAGGCAUUGUGAUAAAAGAACCAUUUUUGGUUUCAUAAAUAGCUAUUUUUGUUUAAGAAAUAUGAGUGUGAGCCUUUACACCAUUAUUUUUAUGGGUCCACUUUUGCCAAAAUAGUUAUUUAUGGAUUUAAAAAUGGUUCUUCUUUGAUCCCUUUGUAGCACCUUUAUUUUUAUAAACAAAGUACAUUAUUGAUUAUAAUUGGUUUGUUUAAGCUUUUAAUUAACAGGCACUUUAACCAGCUGGUAGCAGGGAUGGCACUAACUAAAGCAUGUAGAAUGGACAGGACCCUUGUGGCGAUUAACUCUAUCCAACCAUCCUGAGUUUGUGUAAUACAGUAUCAGUCAAAUGUUUGGACACACCUCUUCUCAUUCAAUGUGUUUUUUUUAUGAUAUAUAUAUAUAUAUAUAUAUAUA